AGCACAACUGGCCUGGAUGACUUUGACAGGCUGAAGACUCUGGGCACUGGCUCUUUCGGUAGAGUUAUGUUGGUGAAACAUAAAGGAACAGAACAGUUCUACGCCAUGAAGAUCCUGGACAAACAGAAAGUAGGUACCAUGCAUUGGGGCACAAAAAUUUAAAUGAGCGUUUCUUAUUGGAUAAGUCCACAUAGUCCCUCCCUGUUUCAGUCAGCUUUCUUCCUUUUAGUGCCUAAUGAACAUGACCCUGGUUUGUUUUGAAAGGAAACUAAACAAAACUUAGGCCAGUUAGAUCACCUAGUACAGUGAAGUUCUGUGGUUUCUUGAUCCAUUAGUAGACAAUGGCUGACUUUAUCUAGUGAUUGUGCUCAAAAUGUUGCGUGGGUUUCCACUAGUUCAAAAGUAAAUGCAAAGACCGUACAGUAUGAAGAUAUGCAGAAACUGCUUCUCCAAUAGAAAUCUCCGAUCACACUUGUAGGCGACGUUAGCUAGCAUAGCUAAUGCGCACAAACACGUCAUCGAGUCUAACGGUUCUUGCGCCGAAAUGUGCAUGUGCAGGCUGUCAAAUGAAAGGCUCUCCUUUGAUUAGUUUUUUUUGAUAAGCAUGAAAACAUCAGUUUUUCACAAGGUUGUAGUAAUGAUAGGUUCAGCUACUUAAGAUGUUGGCUCGAUUCUAGGUUUAGCCUUUAGAAUUCGAGUAAAUUAACAACUAAGGGCACAUUUUUAACAACUAAGGACAAGGCUUUUUUAUUUAUUUUUGUCUGCCAUUUUUUGAAGUGAAACUGCAAAACGGUUAUGAGACAUACAGUACCUUGUUAUUGCGCUGGAAUAUUUGUCUAGAUCAGUGGUUCCCAAACUAUGGGUGCCCAUAGAAAUAGACGUGGCGCGCGCACGCAGGGGGCCGCGGGAUGUUCCUCAAAGCUGGAAGGGGGGCCUGACUGAAAAAGUUUGGAUACCUCUGAACUAGAUCAUACACACAUAGGAUGGUCAGCGCAUUGGGCUACUGCUGCUUCAGACGUCACGUGGAUUUGACAGUACAUUGUAGUUCCGAGGACGCACAGUGAAUGUUAUUUUUAUUUUUCAAGCUCAUUUUCUCAAGGGCUAUGGGUUUAUGGGUUGCGUUUUAAAUGAAAAGGCAUUUUACUAUCAUAGUGUAUUUAUCCCUGCGGUCAGCUCUGACAACUGUGCUAUUUUCCCCACUUUAAAUAGCGAUUAGCCUACAGGCGCGCACCAGUUCUAUUAUGGCAAUCAUCAGACUUUUCUUUCAUUGUUGCUGUUAGCAGGCUACUUUUAGCCAAAAACACAGGAUAAUAGUGCACAGUUGUUUUCAGGGUGCUGUCUGCUGUUGUGGUAUUUUAUGUAGUUCUGAUUGGUCAAGAGUUUAUACAGUGCAUUCGGAAAGUAUUCAGACCACUUGACUUUUUCCACAUUUUGUUACGUUACAGCUUUAUUCUAAAAUGGAUUAAAAAAUAUACAUAAUCCUCAUCAAUCUACACACAAUACCCCAUAAUGACAAAGCAAAACAGGUAAAAAAACAGAAAUAUCAAAUGUACAUAAGUAUUCAGACCCUUUACUCAGUACUUUGUUGAAGCACCUCGGGUCUUCUUGGGUAUGACGCUACAAGCUUGGCACACCUGUAUUUGGGGAGUUUCUCCCAUUUUUCUUCUAUGCAGAUCCUCUCAAGCUCUGUCAGGUUGGAUGGGGAGCAUCGCUGCAAAACUAUUUUCAAGUCUCUCCAGAGAUGUUCGAUCUGGUUCAAGUCCGGGCUCUGGCUGGGCCGCUCAAGGACAUUCAGAGACUUGUCACGAAGCCACUCCUGCGUUUUCUUGGCUGUGUGCUUGGGGUCGUUGCUCUGGUUGAACCUUCACCUCAGUCUGAGGUCCUGAGUACUCUGGAGCAGGUUUUCAUCAAGGAUCUCUGUACAUUAAUCUUUCCCUCGUGCCUGACUAGUUUCCCAGUCCAUGCCGCAGAAAAACAUCCCCACAGCAUGAUGCUGCCACAACCAUGCUUCACUGUAGGGAUGGUGCCUGGUUUAAUCCAGAUGUGACACUUGGCAUUCAGGCCAAAGAGUUCAAUCUUGGUUUCAUCAGACCAGAGAAUCUUGUUUCUCAUGGUCUGAGAGGCCCUUCUCCCCUGAUUGCUCAGUUUGGCUGGGCAGCCAGCUCUAGGAAGAGUCUUGGUGUUUCAAAACUUAUUAAAUUUAAGAAUUAUGGAGGACACUGUUCUUGGGGAUCUUCAAUGCUGCAGAAAUCUUUUGGUACCCUUCCACAGAUCUGUGCCUUGACACAAUCCUGUCUCGGAGCUCUACAGACAAUUCCUUCGACCUCAUGGCUUUAAAAAAAAAUGUCAACAUACAAUCUACUUGCAGUGAAGCCGCUCAACAUUUACAUUAGAUUCAGUCAUCUAACAGACUCCCAUCCAGAGCGACACACAGAAGCAACCAGGGUCAAUGGCCUGCUCAAGGGCACGUCGACAGAUCUCCCAUGGUCAAAAACGGGGACCCAAACCAGCGACCUAUCAGCCACCGGCCCACGCUCUGAACCUCCAGGCCACCAGCCCACGAUCCUCCCCACAGUUCCCAGAGAGCUGCCCCUCAACCAUUCUCUUUUGUUGCCUCUGAUUAAUGCCCUCCUUGCCUGGUCUGUGAGUUUUGGUGGGCGGCCCUCUCUUCGCAAGUUUGUUGUGGUGCCAUAUGCUUAUCAUUUUUUAAUAAUGGAUUUAAUGGUGCUCUGUGGGAUGUUCAAAGUGUCAGAUAUUUUUUUUUGAACCCAACCCUGAUCUGUACUUCUCCACAACUUUGUCCCUGACCUGUUUGAAGAGCUCCUUGGUCUUCAUGGUGCCGCUUGCUUGGUGGUGCCCCUUACUUAGUGGUGUUGCAGACUCAGGGGCCUUUCAGAACAGGUGUGUGUGUGUAUGUACAGUGGGGAGAACAAGUAUUUGGUACAGUGGGGAGAACAAGUAUUUGAUACACUGCUGAUUUUGCAGGUUUUCCUACUUACAAAGCAUGUAGAGGUCUGUCAUUUUUAUCAUAGGUACACUUCAACUGUGAGAGACAGAAUCUAAAACAAAAAUCCAGAAAAUCACAUUGUAUGAUUUUAAGUAAUUAAUGUGUAUUUUAUUGCAUGACGUAAGUAUUUGAUACAUCAGAAAAGCAGAACAUAAUAUUUGGUACAGAAACCUUUGUUUGCAAUUACAGAGAUCAUACGUUUCCUGUAGGUCUUGACCAGGUUUGCACACACUGCAGCAGGGAUUUUGGCCCACUCCUCCAUACAGACCUUCUCCAGAUCCUUCAGGUUUCGGGGCUGUCGCUGGGCAAUACGGACUUUCUGCUCCCUCCAAAGAUUUUCAUAUUGGGUUCAGGUCUGGAGACUGUUUUUAGAUUCCGUCUCGCACAGUGGAAGUGUACCUAUGAUAAAAAAUUACAGACCUCUACAUGCUUUGUAAGUAGGAAAACCUGCAAAAUCGGCAGUGUAUCAAAUACUUGUUCUCCCCACUGUAUGAUCAAAUGUUGAUGAAAAAAAAAGUAUUAAAAGGACAACAAUAUACUUUGUAUUUCAAAAACAAAAAUGAAUCUAAUUAAUACAAUGCAGUUCUAAAGAAUAUAGUAAUUACUUUUUAAAAAAGUAUUACACUCCUUUUUAAUACAAACCAGAUGUAACCAAAUGCUGAAUAUAGAGAGACUGCAUGCUAACCUAUAGGCCCUAAAUGAAAAAUGUAUGCACUCACUAACUGUAAGUCGCUCUGGAUAAGAGCGUCUGCUAAAUGACUAAAAUGUAUAUGACUCCAAUGCAUUUAUAAACUAUCCCAUGUCCAGUCUAGUAGAAAAUUCUGUUCGGGCCAGUAGAUUUUUGGCCAACUGGCCCGACCGGGCCAGUGAGGGGAAAAAAAAGUUUGUGUUGGACCCUGCUUUUCUCUGUACUAUUGUGCCCCCCUCCUCAUCGGUAUGCCUUCCUCUUUUCCUCUCUCAUUGCUCUAACAGGUGGUGAAGCUGAAGCAGAUAGAACACACUCUAAACGAAAAGAGAAUACUGCAGGCGGUGUCUUUCCCCUUUCUCGUCAGACUGGAGUAUUCCUUCAAGGUACUUCAGCAGCUGUAGGAUGUUCUGAAAUGGGCACCGUACAAUUGGUGAAAAUGAGCGGUUUCCUUGCCAAUAUGUUGGAACAGUCUUUGUGAAUUUUGACGAAGGGUAUCAUAGCAACUUCAACCUGAGGUACAGUGCCUUCAGAAAGUAUUCAUACCCCUUGAUUUAUUCCACAUUUUGUUGUGUUACAGCCUGAAUUCAAAAUGGAUUAAAUAGAUAUUUGUUAUACACUACAUUAUAAUGACAAAGCGAAAACAUGUUUUUAGAAUUUUUUGCAAAUGUAAUACAAAAAUAUCUAAUUUACGUAAGUAUUCACACCCCUGAGUCAAUACGUGUUAGAAGCAAGCACCUUUAGCAGCAAUUACAGCUGAGUCUUUCUGGGUAAGUCUCUUAAGAGCUUUGCACACCUGGAUUGUACAAUAUUUGUACGUCAUUAAACAAAUUCUUCAAGCUCUUUCAAGUUGGUUGUUGGAUCAUUGCUAGACAGCCAUUUUCAAAUCUUGCCAUAGAUUUCCAAGAAGACUUAAGUCAAAACUGGUAACUAGGCCACUCAGAAACAUUCACUGUCAUCUUGGUAAGCAACUCCAUUGUAUAUUUGCCCUUGAGUUUUACUUUAUUGUCCUGCUGAAAGGUGAAUUUGUCUCCCAGUGAAUGUUGGAAAGCGGACUGAACCAGGUUUUCCUCUAGGAUUUUGCCUGUGCUUAGCUCUAUUCCGUUUCUUUUGAUAUAAAAAAAAAACUCCCUAGUUCUUGCCGAUGACGAGCAUACCCAUAACAUUAUGCAGCCACCACCAUGCUUGAAAAUACACUGAACAAAAAUAUAAACGCAACAUGUGAAAUGUUGGUUUCAUGAGCUGAAAGAAAAGAUUCCACAAAUUGUCCAUACGCGUAAAAAGCGUAUUUCUCUGUUAGUGAGCAUUUAUCUUUUGGCAAGAUAAUCCAUCCACCUGACACAACCGAAGAAUUUCUGCACAAACGUGCUUGUCAUCCUCACCAGGGUCUUCACCUGACUGCAGUUAGACGUCGUAACCGAUUUCAGUGGGCAAAUGCUCAUCUUCGAUGGCCACUGGCACACUGGAGAAGUGUGCUCUUCGCGGAUGAAUCUCUGUUUCAACUGUACCGGGCAGAUGGCAGACAGCGUGUAUAGCAUCGUGUGGGUGAGCAGUUUGCUGAUGUCAGAGUUGUGACCCAGGGUGGCGGUGGGGUUAUGGUAUGGGCAGGCAUAAACUACGGACAACAAACACAAUUGCAUUUUAUCGAUGGCUAUUUCAAUGCACAGAGAUACUGUGACGAGAUCCUGAGGCCCAUUGUCGCGCUGUUAUCCGCCGUCAUCACCUCAUGUUUCAGCAUGAUAAUGCACGGCCCCAUGUCGCAAGGAUCUGUAUACAAUUACUUGAAGCUGAAAAUGUCCCAGUUCUUUCAUGGCCUGCAUACUCACCAGACAUGACACCCAUUGAGCAUGUUUGGGAUGCUCUGGAUCAACGUGUACAACAGUGUGUUCCAGUUCCUGCCAAUAUCCAGAAGAGUGGGACAACAUUCCACAGGCCACAAUCAACAGUGUUAUCAACUCUAUGUGAAGGAGAUUUGUCAUGCUGCAUGAGGCAAAUUUUGGUCACACCAGAUAGAUACUGACUGGUUUUCUGAUCCAUGUCCCUACCUUUUUUUUAAGGCAUCUGUGACCAACAGAUGCAUAUCUGUAUUCCCAGUCAUGUGAAAUCCAUAAAUUAGGGUGUAAUUAAUUUAUUUCAAUUGACUAAUUUUCUUAUGAACUAUAACUUAACCGUGUAUGGAGAAUGGUACUCAGUAACGUGUUGUUGGAUUUGCCCCAAACAAAUUCAGGAGAUGGAAGUUCAUUUCUUUGCCACAUUUUUAGCAGUUUUACUUUAGUGCCUUAUUGCAAACAGGAUGCAUGUUUUGGAAUACUUUUGUGUUUUUAUAUGUAGUUUGUCAACACCCCUUCAAAUUAGUGGAUUCGGCUAUUUCAGCCACACCCGUUGCUGACAGGUGUAUAAAAUCGAGCACACAGCCAUGCAAUCUCCAUAGACAAACAUUGGCAGUAGAAUGGCCUUAAUGAAGAGCUCAAUGACUUUCAACGUGGCACCGUCAUAGGGUGCCACCUUUCCAAAAUAUCAGUUUAUCAAUUUUCUGCCCUGCUAGAGCUGCCCUGCUAGUGCUGUUAUUGUGAUGUGGAAAUGUCUAGAAGCAACAAUGGCUCAGCCGCGAAGUGGUAGACCACACAAGCUCACUAACGGGACCGCAGAGUGCUGAAGUGCGUAAAAAUCGUCUGUCCUCGGUUGCAACACUCACUACCGAGUUCCAGUGGAAAGCCUUCCCAGAAGAGUGGAGGCUGGGGACCAGCAAAGGAGGGACCAACUCCAUAUGAAUGCCCAUGAUUUUGGACUGAGAUGUUAGUAUUGUGGAGUAACUACAAUGUUGAUCCAUCCUCAGUGUUCUCCUAUCACAGCCAUUGCCCUAAUGGUGAAUCCCUGAGCGGUUCCCUUCCUCUCCGGUAACAGAGUUAGGAAGGACACCUGUAUCUUUCUAGUGACUGGGUGUAUUGACACACCAUCCAAAUUGUAAUUAAUAACUUCACCAUGCUCAAAGGGAUAUUCAAUGUCUUCUUUUCUUUUUUUUUAUCCAACUACAAAUGUGUGCCCUAUGCGAGGCAUUGGAAAACCUCCCUGGUCAUUGUGGUAGAGUCUGUGUUUGAAAUUCACUGCUCGACUGAGGGACCUUACAGAUAAUUGUAUGUGUGGUUUAAAGAGAUGUGGUAGUCAUUCAAAAAUCAUGUUAAAUGCUAUUAUUGCACACAAUGAGUCUGUGCAACUUAUGUGAGUUGUUCAGCACAUUUUUACUCCUGAACUUAUUUAGGCUUGCCAUAACAAAUGGGUUGAAUACUUAUUUACUCAAGACAUUUCAGCUUUUCAUUUUUAAUUUAUCUGUAAAAAUUUCUGAAAACAUAAUUCCACUUUGACAUUAUGUGGUAUUGUGUGUGUGUGUGUGUGUGUGUGUGUGUGUGUGUGUGUGUGUGUGUAGGCCAGUGACACAAAAUCUAAAUUUAAUCCAUUUUAAAUUCAGGCUGUAACACAACAAAAGGAGGACAGUCUAGGGAUGUGAACACUUUCCGAAGGCACUUUUAAUGUUAUCCAUCUGUGUGUUCUAACUUUAUUUGAACCAUAGGACAACACCAACCUCUACAUGGUGAUGGAGUACGUUCCAGGGGGAGAAAUGUUCUCGCAUCUGAGACGCAUCGGGAGGUUCAGGUAAAUCGAAAAAGCUGUGACACUGUGAUCAUAACAUAGUAUGUCUAUAUACAGUGAGGGGAAAAAGUAUUUGAUCCCCUGCUGAUUUUGUACGUUUGCCCACUGACAAAGAAAUGAUCAGUCUAUAAUUUAAAUGGUAGGAUUAUUUUAACAGUGAGAGACAGAAUAACAACAAAAUCCAGAAAAACGCAUGUCAAAAAUGUUAUAAAUUGAUUUGCAUUUUAAUGAGGGAAAUAAGUAUUUGACCCCCUCUCAAUCAGAAAGAUUUCUGGCUCCCAGGUGUCUUUUAUACAGGUAACGAGCUGAGAUUAGGAGCACACUCUUAAAGGGAGUGCUCCUAAUCUCAGUUUGUUACCUGUAUAAAAGACACCUGUCCACAGAAGCAAUCAAUCAAUCAGAUUCCAAACUCUCCACCAUGGCCAAGACCAAAGAGCUCUGCAAGGAUGUCGGGGACAAGAUUGUAGACCUACACAAGGCUGGAAUGGGCUACAAGACCAUCGCCAAGCAGCUUGGUGAGAAGGUGACAACAGUUGGUGCGAUUAUUCGCAAAUGGAAGAAACACAAAAGAACUGUCAAUCUCCCUCGGCCUGGGGCUCUAUGCAAGAUCUCACCUCGUGGAGUUGCAAUGAUCAUGAGAACGGUGAGGAAUCAGCCCAGAACUACACGGGAGGAUCUUGUCAAUGAUCUCAAGGCAGCUGGGACCAUAGUCACCAAGAAAACAAUUGGUAACACACUACGCCGUGAAGGACUGAAAUCCUGCAGCGCCCGCAAGGUCCCCCUGCUCAAGAAAGCACAUAUACAGGCCCGUCUGAAGUUUGCCAAUGGACAUCUGAAUGAUUCAGAAGAGAACUGGGUGCAAGUGUUGUGGUCAGAUGAGACCAAAAUCGAGCUCUUUGGCAUCAACUCAACUCGCCGUGUUUGGAGGAGGAGGAAUGCUGCCUAUGACUCCAAGAACACCAUCCCCACCGUCAAACAUGGAGGUGGAAACACUAUGCUUUGGGGGUCUUUUUCUGCUAAGGGGACAGGACAACCUCACCGCAUCAAAGGGACGAUGGACGGCACCAUGUACUGUCAAAUCUUGGGUGAGAACCUCCCUCCUUCCCUCAUCAGGGCAUUGCAAAUGGGUCGUGGAUGGGUAUUCCAGCAUGACAAUGACCCAAAACACACGGCCAAGGCAACAAAGGAGUGGCUCAAGAAGAAGCACAUUAAGGUCCUGGAGUGGCCAAGCCAGUCUCCAGACCUUAAUCCCAUAGAAAAUCUGUGGAGGGAGCUGAAGGUUCGAGUUGCCAAACGUCAGGCUCGAAACCUUAAUGACUUGGAGAAGAUCUACAAAGAGGAGUGGGACAAAAUCCCUCCUGAGAUGUGUGCAAACCUGGUGGCCAACUACAAGAAAUGUCUGUCCUCUGUGAUUGCCAACAAGGGUUUUGCCACCAAGCACUAAGUCAUGUUUUGCAGAUGGGUCAAAUACUUAUUUCCCUCACUGUACUUGAGGUCCAAAAUAAUGGGUGCAAUCUAUGUAUGAUAAGGUAUUGUGCAGUGUUGUCAUUGGUUUCAUUUUGUUCACCUGUUUGAGAUCACGUCAACCUACAUUUUUCUUCUGUCUUUAGUGAACAUCACGCACGAUUUUAUGCAGGUCAGAUAGUACUCACGUUUGAGUACCUCCACUCGCUAGACCUUAUCUACAGAGACCUGAAGCCUGAAAACCUUCUCAUUGAUCACCAAGGGUACAUCCAG